UUGAGCAAGGAGGGGGUCUCUGCCUCGGCGAAGAGGCUGCGUUAGAGCCACAUAAACACAUUCACAGAUGUGUCUCCAUGCGUUCUGACAGCCCAACUGAGCCAAGAUCGCCACACUGAAUGAAGACAGAGAAAUCAGAGGGAGAGACGGAGAACAACCACCAAGCAAAUUAUCACACCAUUACUGCAGGGUCUUGCCCACAUCCCUCUCUCUCGGAUUGUGAGCUUGAGUGAGAGCACGUCUGACAGGGAAGAGAGGAAAACGGGGGAGAUCUCCCGGCAGGUCCGUCCCCAAUUACAGCCCAUGUUUCCAGUUUGAUCCAGAAGCCACAGCACAAACAAAUACAGGGAUGCUCUGACCAAAAACAAAUAAGAGAAGAGGAGAAAUAAGAAAUCAAGAGAGACACACAAAGACAAAGAGGGAGAGAUGGAGGGAUUUUUUUAAAUGAAUGAAGCAUCCAGCAGCAUGUGGUGGAAAUAACUGCAUCAACGUAAGCCGCCUGCUGAGGACGUGACAGCCCACGUGGUCUGGAUGCCAGCAGCUGCCUCUCACAGCCCCUGAUGUCCCCAGGCAAUCUGAGAAACACAUCCUCAUCCUCCGUUUCCAUGCUCUCGACCCCCCCGGUCCGCAAGGAUUAUUGAGUCUCUGGAUUACUGAAGUGACCGCUUUGGCCGCGGGAGAAAGGGCACACUAUUACUUGAACUUUGGACCGCAGCAUGGGAUGCUCUGGGAACCAGCAGCGUGGUGGAUGACCUCCAGCAUGUGGCCGUCACAGCUGGACCUCACGCUCGUGGCCAUACACCUUUGUAACUAAGGGUAAUGACCAGGCAUAGAACCAACCCUGGAGAUGCCGAAGAGAAGAGAUAUUCUUGCCAUCGUGUUGAUUGUGUUACCAUGGACCCUCCUCAUCACUGUGUGGCACCAAAGUGCAAUUGCCCCCCUGCUGGCCAUCCGAAAGGUCUGUCACCAUCUAGUAAAAGAGAUCUUAAUCAUACCAGAGCGUCUAACCAUCCACCGGCAACGGCUAGCAGAUGAUGGGACGGAGACGAGGCACGAGACAGGCCCAGCCACGGACUCGAAGGAAUACUGCUCACAGGACAAGGACAUAGUGGAGGUGGUCCGUACAGAAUACGUCUACACAAGACCUCCGCCCUGGUCUGACGUGUUGCCCACCAUCCACGUCAUCACUCCGACAUACAGCCGCCCUGUGCAGAAGGCCGAGCUAACGCGAUUGGCUAACACCUUCCUCCAUGUUCCCAACCUGCACUGGAUUCUGGUGGAGGACUCUCAGAGGAGAACUCCACUGGUCACGAGGCUUCUGAGGGAAACGGGGCUGAACUACACACACCUCAAUGUGGAGACCCCACGGAACUACAAGCUGCGAGGGGACACGAGAGAUCCCAGGAUUCCACGGGGCACCAUGCAGAGGAACCUGGCUCUAAGGUGGCUACGGGAGACCUUCAACUCCAACAGCAGCCAGACAGGAAUCGUCUACUUUGCAGAUGAUGAUAAUACAUACAGCUUGGAGCUGUUUGAGGAGAUGCGAUCAACUCGUAAAGUAUCAGUGUGGCCUGUAGCGUUUGUUGGAGGUUUACGUUACGAGUCUCCAAAGGUCAAUGCAGCAGGAAAAGUAUAUGGAUGGAAAACAGUAUUCGACCCUCACCGGCCCUUUGCUAUCGACAUGGCAGGGUUUGCCAUCAACCUGCGGCUCAUUCUGUUUAAGCCUCAAGCCUACUUCAAGUUACGAGGGGUGAAGGGAGGCUACCAGGAGAGCAGCCUGCUCAGAGAGCUGGUCACUCUCAGUGACCUGGAACCCAAAGCGGCCAACUGUACUAAGAUUCUUGUGUGGCACACACGAACAGAAAAACCUGUACUGGUGAAUGAAGGCAAGAAAGGCUUUACGGACCCAAACGUGGAGAUCUGACAUCUGCUUCCGUGUUGGGAUGCUUCCAGAAGGACCCAAAAGAGGAUGGCAGGGAGAUAUUACCUACUACCACAUUUUUUAACAGUUUGGAUGCUUUUUCCUGUAAACCACAACUAAACAAGCUCAACAAAAUGGACCUAUUAUUCUAAAGCACAGAUUAGUCUUUUUAAGGCAAUAUCGUCAGUAUUUUGCAAGAAUAAAACCAGAGGGCACUAGACAGAAAGAAAAAUGUGAUAUAUAUUUAUGAGAGAACAUCUGAGAACUGAUAAAACUGCUCACUUCCACGAUUUUAUAAACUCUGCAUUAAGAAGAGACAAAAAAAAAGUAAAAAAAAAAAAAAGGUUUGCAACAGUCUCGAAGGCUGACCAAGAGAGAACGGUCAUCCAUUUAUGAACGUCGAUGUUCCUUCACGUCUAAUGAACUGAUACUUAAACAUAAAGAAGGGAAUGUCUUCUUUUUUAUUUACAUAAUGUGUAUUUGAAGGUUCUGUUUUUGUCGUUUACAUUACUGUCUUGCUAGCACAGCACUACUGAUAUUUUGCCUCAGUUCAAAUUCAGCGUCACUUUGCGGUUUUAAACCAGUUCUAUCAUACACCAGGGCUAGCUGCUAGACUGGAUUUAGAAAUUACAAAGUUGUAACACAGUUCUCAUGACUAAGACCUAAAUGAUAUGAAUAGCACUUGAAUUUGUUCCUGUGUGUCCAUUGUCCCUGUUAGGACAUGCGUUGUAAAUAUAACUUAAAGAUGAACAAUCGGAGACUUUAAAAUAAAGUGAUCUAGCAUUCAAAAGAA